AUGCCUUAUAUCACACCAUCAGAUACAGAGAGAUUUAAUUUUGAUAGUGUUAUUAGAGAAAAAGUAACAAUUCCAGUAGCUUUUUAUUCUAGAUCGUGUGAAACUAUAACUCCUCAACAAACAACUAAAAUGACUUGGAAACUUGGUGUUAAAUGUGAUAAAAAACCUAGAUAUAUUAUCGUAGGAUUCCAAAUAAAUAGAGAUAAUGAUCAAACACAAAAUUCUUCAAUAUUCGAUCAUUGUAAUUUGACAAAUAUGCAAGUCAUGAUUAAUAAUGUAAGAUUUCCUGAAGCUGAUUAUGAACUAUCAUUUCCAAAUCAACAAUUUUCAAGAGCUUAUAGAGAUGCAUCUACUUUUAAAGAAAACUUUUAUGGAACAAAUGAAAUCAUAUCAAAUUGUAACAUAACACCUUCAGACUAUAAAGAUUUGUAUCCACUAAUGGUUUUCGAUUUAAGCAAACAAUCAGAAAGAUUAAAACCUUCAGAUAUUCAAAUUAUAGCAUACUUUAGUGAAAAUGUUCCAGAAGGAACUGAAGCAUUCGCUGUUAUCAUAUCAGAAAGAUUAGGCAGACUAAAGUCUAAUGGAGAUAGAUUUAACUUUGAAUAUUAG